AAUCGUUGGACACAAUAAGCAAAGCGAGACAAGAAAACGAAGUAUUACGAGCAGUAGACUGCUACUAUAGGAAAUCAAAUAAAAUAAAAAGUCUGUCUCGGGAGCGGAGUGAAAAUUUUCCUGCCAAGGAAAACCUAGUGUUCGCGCUGUAGUUUUAUCGCACCGGCUCCCCGAAUGAGGAAGAGGAAACCUCACGGGCAGAUCUAAGGGAAUCGCACCGCCUCAAAAGUGAUCGUCAAUUUAGCUAUUGUUAUAUUAGCCUGCCAUCUAUCAUCUGUGUGCUGUCUGCGGAGUGGAUUAUGGCCUUAGCAGCCCGAAAGACAUCAUCGAAAAUCUAUGACAUCCAAGCCCACAGCAACAAGGUGACAUGCCUGGAUAUCGGCGAAACUGGACGAGUUCUGGUCACUGGCGGUCAGGAUCGGAAUGUCAAUUUGUGGACGUUCGGAAGUAAAGAAUGUUUUAUGACCCUCACAGGACACAACGCCCCGGUGGAAUGUGUGAAGUUUGCUUACUCGGAUGACUACGUCUACUCGGCGGACGACACGGGCGUCGUCAAGCGCUGGGAUCUGAACUCGGACACGGAAUGCACGACCUUUUUCGGGCACAUGAAGACGGUUCGGACGUUGGAUUUCCAUCCGUACAGUGAGUAUGUGGUCUCCGGGAGCCACGACACCUCGAUCCGGCUGUGGGACGUUCGGCAGAGUGUGUGUAUCAAGCGAUACCGGGGGCACAUUUCGCACGUCAACUCGGUAAAGUUUUCCCCCGAUGGGCUGUGGAUCGCUUCAGCUGGCACUGAAGGAUGCGUCAUCAUCUGGGAUAUCCGCAUGAGCAAGCAGUUCAUGGAGUUCACCGAGCGCGAAUCGCCAGCCAUCUGUGUUCAGUAUCAUCCGUCCGAUUUGCUGAUGGCAGCCGGCAGGAACGACGGGAGCGUUGAUUUGUACGAUUUGGAGAAGAAGCAACUCAUUUCGAGGGCCGACAAAACGCAUUCGAAAGGACAUACGGUUAAAUGUAUCGCUUUCGAUGAGGGUGGAUCGAGUUUAUUCGUGGGGACGUCUGCCGGUAUUUCGGUUAUCGGCUGGGAACCGGAUCAGGAAUUUGAUCACAUAGAUUCGACGUGGACUAAUUUGGGGGACAUGAUUACCGCUGGGAAGAAGCUGAUUUGUGGCACAUACGAGAAUCGGAAUGUGGCAAUACAUGCGUUUAACCUAAACCUUGUGAAGCCGUUCUACAAUCCCCAAAAUCAGCCUUUCAAUCACCAUCAAAGCUCGAGAAAGAGUUUCAGCCGCGGGAGCGGCAAAGUGAGACUAUCAAUCGGUGACCGAUCGCAAUCGGGAGAUACUUUGGAGGAAAAUACCAACGGAGGCUUGUCCCCAAAUUUAAGCAUUGAAAUGAUCGACGAAGAAGAGUCCACUAUGAUGACGGAGCAGAAAGCGUUUGAUUUUAGCACUAGCAAUGGGAACAAAAUGCCAAAUUACGAACCCUAUCCUGUACCUCCUUCCGUCGCUCCGAUGCCAGCAACAAAUCAGGGUCCGCUCAAUAACAGCAACUAUUUGGUCAAGGAAGAGAUGAAGAUGUAUAAUAUUAGCAGCUCGACGGGCUAUUCGAGCGAUCUGGAUUUCUACCCCUGCAAAAACACACCCUCCGAUGCGGAGAAAGAAGAUUUCCCCGUGAAAAAUGCUCAACCUCCGGAUUACGCCCCAAAGCUGACGAUAUCCGGCACUAAUAGCAGCAACAGCAACAGCAGCAGCACGGUUUCCACAUCGAAAACGACGGUUGUGAGACAGAAAACUGAAAUUGCCACCACUACCAAUCUGCAGCAGAGGCGCCCUUCCCAACCGAAUAUUGCCUCCGUCAGGACAGCAACCAUCAACAGCCUGUCCAGGCGGAUAUCAACCUCCAGGAGUACGCUUGAACUGAACAAACUAUCGCAGGAUGAGCAGGUCACAUUCAAGAAGCCCAUCAGCCGGGGCAGCUCUCCGAUACGUAACAACAGCUCGCUCAGCAGCAAGAUCCGCAAGAGCGAAAGCACAGCACAAAUCAACAACAUGAAGAACGCCACCAACCGGCACAGUACCCAUACCCAACACAACGCCAACGUCAAGGUGGAGAUCGUCACCAAGCCGGUCCGGUCGAAAACCUCGCUGGAUCUGCGGCGGCAGCGCAACACCGGGAGCACCGAUCACAACAGCAGCAGCGCGGCCAUGAGUCGGAUGGGUGUGAUUUAUCAUAAUGAAGGCGGUGGCGGUGGCCAUAGUGUGAACAGCAGCAGGGUGGGUAGCAGUCACAAUUUAACCCACGUCGGAAUCGCUGAUGAAAUCGGAAGGGAUGCCAUUAUGAUGCCUGCUCCUUCGGUUCCACCACCUGCGUCGAUUACCAAUCACCAUCAUCCGCUUAUUCGGUACUCGCACGAUGAUGGAGGAGGUGGCGGUGGCGGCGGAGGCGGGGUCGGAAUCGGUAUAAGUUUCAACGAGGAUUUCGAGAUACGAUUGCUGAUGAACGAGCACGACAGUAUCUUCCAGGCGCUCUGCAACCGGACGGCACUGCUGUCGGCAAUUCGCAACUAUACCCAGUCGGGGGAUGUCAACACGGCACUCAAGGUGGCCGUGCGGAUGAACGAUCAGAACAUAUUGGUCGACCUGCUCGGUGCGAUACUGGAGAAGUCCUCACAAUUCACGUUGGACAUGUGCGUUCUGCUGUUGCCAAAAAUCUACGAUCUGCUGCAGAGCGAAUUCAAAUUCCACUGCACCCGUGCCUGCGAUACGUUGCGUGUGAUCCUGACGACCUUCCUGCCGGUGAUUCGCGAAAAUACCGACCCGUGGGGUGCCUGUACCAUUGGCGUCGACGUGAGUCGCGAGGAACGCGUAAGCAAAUGUAUGGAGUGCAAAACGUGGCUGCUCAGGAUACGGACCCUGCCCGAGAACGCCAAGAUUGGGACCAACCUUCAGCAGCUGCAAAAUCUGAUGGUCGAUCUGUGAGAAAUGGCAGCACCAGCAACGAGUUGUUUGUGCUUCAAUCGUGAGACAGAGUUUUGAAAUUCUACAAUUUUGUGCAAUCGAGAGCGAUGCAAAUGAGAAAACCGCCGCCGUGCGAUCAAUUUAGGACUUAUUUAAAAAUACACACCACUAACGUCACUAAUUUAUUAAAGAAAAAUCAAGCAAAAAUAAUUUUGUAUAAUUUUAAUUUUAACCCUAUUUUGUUUUUAUCAAGCUACUAGCGAACGUAAUGAUAAUUUUAAACGCGAAAAUACACAUUUACUUGGAUACAGAUGAUUAAUAAUAAGACUGAACAUUUUAAUUACAACAAACAAAAAAUUAGAAAAAAACGCUCCUAAUAAAAUUAAUUUUAAAGAUACAUUUUAACGAUAUGAACAAAAAACAGACAAUUGAUGAAAAAUUCGAAUCAAUGCGAUCCUCCUUUCAAGCUCAAUCCUAGGCGAAGCGAUCGCGCCAAUCCAAAACGGUGAUUUACUUAACGCUUUAAGAAAACGUGAGACACAAUUGUGAUUAAUUUUUUCCCUGUUUUUUUUUUGUUCCGAGAGUGCUUCCUGUUUGAGCCCAUAUCCCAUCUUGGUAUCCUAUCUUCCGAGAGCGGAAGUGAAUCGUGAUCAAAAUAGCAGUAUACCGAGACGUUUGCAAGUCGUCUCAGCAAGUGCAAAAGUGCAUUUACACCAAUAGAAAACAAAAUUUAUGUAAGAUGUGUUUCGCAGUGAUCCUUCGGUGGUAAUGUUGAUCUUUAUUUGUCCAGUAUUACUGCGCCUUUUCCCAUCAUUGGUUUCCACUGGCCGUGGUUCACUCAACCCGUAAUCAUUCCGCAAAGCUGAGUAUACCGUAUGCGUGAUAAUGUUUGCACCAUUGAGCAAUGGCGAUUUUUUAAAAAAUACGUGGGUCUCUUAGCUAAAGUACAAUUCCAACGCCCCCAAAAACAACGCUCCAAAAACAGUCAGAACACCGUUGUGUGAUGGCGGCGUCGACAACAACCGCUUUCAGCCCUCACUGCUGGAAAAUUCGUUCUUAAGAUCUGGCUUGAAAUGCGCUACACUAUGACACCGCUUUAAUUCCGGAAACAAUGUUCGAAUUCACGAUAAUUAUUGAUCGACCGGAAAAAGUUACUAGUAAAUCAUUCACGAUUUAUUAGUCAUCCAGCUAGCGGCCAUUCUUGUAGCUGAGGGUUCAGAUUCGAUUUCCAAUUUGGUGUUUUUCACGGCUGGAAGCGAGUGAACUAAGAAAGUCUGAAUGUCUGAGAAAGCCUCUAUAAUUCAAAACAUCAUGCCACAUUACUCUUCUCGGGAGAAAAUAUAAAAAUGAAUUCGCUUUGACUCCUUCGAAUAUUAUUUUUGAAUGCAUCGAAAUUUUUCAAAAACCUCAUUAGUCGAACGUUUUGGUGGUCUUGGAAAAGGCAGAUGGGUUUGCGUGGUUUUUCAACUAUUUCUGAAAAUGGGUGGUUCAUAAUUCAUUCUUGUUCUCGAGAGAACAAUAUAAAUAUGAAAUUUAUGUCAGUAUGCCUCGCGAAUAUUCUUCUCGGGCUUAAAAUAAUGCGGCCCAAAGUGAUUACAUGGCACAUCCUAUUUCAUAUUAAUCUUCUAGUUUACUUAGGUUCGUCAGUACGAGUCCUGCACGAUUGUUUUAUUCAAUCAAUAACCAACAAUCAAUAAUCAAUACAAACAAAUGAUUACUAAGCCAACCAGUUAUACUCAUGCGGCAUGUGACCUCACGGACUCUUCAGGUUGUCCCAUCGAGUGUUACUUUAUUUUAUAGUAUUUUGUGAUUGUAACAAUGACGAAAACCUCAGAAGUUACCUGUUUCACAUUCAUUUUCAUUACCUUUCAGUAAUUGUGACAAAUAAGAAAACUUGGCACAUUUUUAUGAAAUAGAAAUAACAAACACAGCUAGAGGAGAAUGCACCGAGACAUUUUGAAGCCUCUAUUAUUCAAAUCAUGCUCAUCAUUUUUGAGGUCAUAGUCUUGCUCCAGCUAGCGGACAGCUGUUUUUAUCAAUUUUGAUGUCAGACACAGCUGUUUUUCCCGAUACGAAGUACGAAAAUAUAUAUAUCGCACAAAUUGGUGCAAUUUUACGCGGUGGAGGCACCGCGUUGAUUUUCAUGCCGUGUGGCGAGAAGUGUUUCUGUAUUUUUGCACUAUAUCAUUUCUGCGUCUGUACUGGGAUGUAAGCUAAAAAUUUCGAAAACGAAAGCGUUACGUUUGGGAUGCAAGGAAUUGAGCGUUAAUACCUCUUAGCCGGCUGAACGAAGUGGUAUGACAAGAGUUUUCGAAAAAUGAAAGGUGUGUGAGUGAUGCUUGUAACCUAUUGACCCAAAAACUAUUUUUAUGGCUCAAAAACACAUUUGAAAGCAAACUAUUGAAAUCACUAAAGACUUGAAAUACUGGUGAAAUUAUGAAUAUUUAUAAGUAUCCUUGGAAGUCCAUCGAAGUCCAGAUUGGUCAGCGGUCGAUGCAUGUCGUCGGAUGGUCGAGAAAACACUAUGACUAUUGUACUUGCCCUGGUCAACCUCAGUUUCUAUUUUCAGUCUCAGUUUCUAUCUCUAUUCGUUGAACGGACAUGCAAAAUAUUUUGCUUCAGAAUGCAAUGUCAGAAUAUGCACGAAGUAAAUAUAGUACAGAGCUUGCACGGAAGGGCAGAGGCAAAGUAGAAGAGAAAUAUUAAAAAGAAUGAACCGCGUUGUUUGUUUACAAAGACACAAAGCAGCAAGAUCAUCACCUGGUCUUAUACAGAAGUACAGAAGUUGUACAGAGUGUAGUAAUGAUGUUCCUGAUUAUAGAGGUUUUCUCAGACUCUCAGACUUUCUCAGUUCAUUCGUCUCUAGUCUUGAAAAAAACAUUUGGAAAACUAUACUAAACACUUGGCCUUGUGAAAGACUAUUUGGGAAGCCUUGCUGCCGUUACCAUCAGUACUCUAGCAGGAUGAUUGAUAAAUUGUAGAUGACUUAUUGGUGACUUCUUCAAAUCGGUCAAUUAUUUUGCGUGAAUUCGAGCAUACUUUCCUUCAUUUGCGUCAUUGCAUCAAAGUGCAGCGCUUUUCAAACCGAAUGUGAGUAAGGUAUUUUUGAGCGGUGAAACCUGCGUUCUUCGGGGGGAAAUGAAGGGGAAUAGAAUUUUUCCCGCAACGGUUGAUGUCGACGCGGUUGUUGCCGUUCUGAGUGUUCUUUGGAGCUUUAUAAAUGUAAUAGUACAAAACUACAUGCUAAUCUUGAAAGUUAAUUUGAAAAUCUGUUCAUAUUGGCGAUGUAUCGCUUUCGCGCCCCAUACUCUGUGAAAGUAAAUUCAUUCAUCGGCCAUCCAAAUGCUACCAAACGUUUGAACUAAAUAGUUUCAUUUUUGAAUUUCUAUAAUGUUUGUUUUUCGCCGGAUAUAAUCUUGUAAUCCUAUGUUCACAAUGCGGUCGUGCCUCUUUUCAUUUUUUUGUGUGAUGCGGUAUCACGUUUAACACGUGUUUGUGGCCUCUCUGAAAAAAAGGUUGAGUAGCGCUGAUCUAUAGCAUCUGCAAUGCCGACUCCCCCAGGCACCUUGGUUUUCAAGUCUGUGUUAGGAAAACACAUCCUGGUGGCAAUAAAAAUUUCCCCGAAUUGCAUGCAUUUGCAAUGCCGAUUUCUACAGGCAUCUAGGUUUAGAGGACUGUGUUGGGGAAACUGGGGAUACCAUUUGCGUUAAGGUCCUCAGCGAGCAAUGUGGUCGUUUCAAGCCCAUAGAGAGUCAUCGAUCUAAUAAGUGUUUUGUACAGCUUCAACUUCAUGCGGUGGUGUAUCCAUUUGGAUCUCAGGGUCUUCCGGAGUGAAAAGUAGGCAUGAUUUCCACUUUGAGUGCGUCUACAGCUCUCCUUGCUGGUGUUGUUGUCGGCGGUCACCAGCGAUUCCAAAUACACGAACCCGUCUACUACCUCAAGCUCGAUAGUUGCAGCAUUCCAGCUUGUCGCCUUUCUUGUAGAUGGGGUAAUUUUUCCUCCUCCCAGAUCUUGGAAAUAACCCAUUACAGUGCUCUAGCAAGUGUUUCUGUACCAUGUUUGUAGAGCUCUCCUGGUAGGAUGUCUUUACCGGUGGCUUUGUUGUAUUUAAGCCUUACAAUCUUACACUGUAUCUCACGGAGAUCGGGGGCUAGUACACCGUCAUCUGUUACUGGCUCAUUCAGGUCAGUUACAUUUCCGUUUUUGCUUGUUGCAUCGCCUUUUAGGUACUCGUCGAAGUACUGCUUCCAUCUGUCGACCACAUCGCCUUCGCGUAGAACUUCCACGUUUCAUUGACACGGAACAACUGUUCCAGCUGUUAAUGAUCACGAUCCUCCUUCUGGCGCCUUUUUCGUCACAAAAUCGUGGUCAUGUCGUUCCAUGUCCGUCUGUAUUUUGUAAAGUACGGGCCCUCAGAUAGUUCAUCCAAAUACGAUUUUUCUCCGCCACCGCUGCCUCGCAUUCCCCAUAAUACCAGACUUUUCUGGCGAUCAGUGCCUCCACUCUUAGUGUAUUCAUCGUGGGCUCCCUGAUGGCUGUGCGAAUUCUGCACCAACCAUCUUCAAGAGGCGUUGGACCUAACUCCUCUACCGUGGGAAGUGUCGCGUCGAGAUGUUGCGCGUAGUCUUUCACUUGAUGUCGAGACGCUAAGAGCGGCUCUGUCGCAUCUGAUAAACAGUCGAAAGUUUCGAGCGCAUACAGAUCGCUACUAGAUAGUGGUCUGAGUUGAUAUCCGUACCUCGGUAGGUGCAUACGUCGGUGAUGUCUGAGAAAAACCGUUCAUCGACUAGAACGGGAUUAAUUGGGUUUGCCGUUCAUUGGUCAGGUGAUCUCCAUAUGGCUUUAUGGAUGUUCUUGCUGGGAAAGAAUGUACUUCGGACUACCAGUCCUCGAGAAGCUGUAAAGCUUACGCGUCGUUGGCCGUUGUCGUUCGUCUCAGUGUACAGACUGUCAUUUCAGAACUGAAAUGUCGACAUUUGCGCGUGGGAAAAAUCACGAAUACGCUGCUACUUCGUCAUGGUGCAAUUGGAAAUCAGCUUCAUUCACUCGCAGCCUACUAUGAUAUGAAUUAUAGCUUACAUGCAUGCAAAUAAAACUAAAGCAUUGUAUGCACAGGUAAAACGGGAACCUUAUUUGUAUAGUGGUGCAAACAUUAACACGCAAAAAGUUAAUGAAAUAACUGCCUUCACGUUCUGUCAAGUCAAACCCAAUCAGCAUUAUUGAUUCUAAUAGACCCACAAAUCGUACAAAUCCGUUUUAGUUUGUAGAUGUUUUUGUUUUGUUUCAAAUCAGCAUACACAUUAUUUCUGUUGUCUUCCCCAGUUGGAUUUGUUUUGCAACUUGUUUAGAACACGACACAAGAAUUAUAUCGGAAGUUUUAACAUAUUGUUUUGUAGAAACAUUUUAUGUUCAUAGUAUUCCCUCUACCCUAUGUUCCAGCUAACAAUUUUUGUUCGAACAUGACAGUACUAAGCCUCAAUGUAAAUAAAAUAUCUCUUACUCUAUUGCCUAAUUAUACGCGAGCACACAUAGAGAAAAACAGAACACCACGCAAAUGUAUACAAGAUAAAACACAUUAAAACAAUGAUAAUAAUUUCUCAUCAAAAACAAAAAAAAAUCAGGACAAUGACAAUAUUUAUUCUAAAAAUAAAAUUGGCAAACAAAUUAGCAAAGAGAUCAUCGCAUCUUCUAUGGGCUUUUGCUACUUCUAGACUCUAGAAUCUAGAAUCUAGAGAGCCAAACUAACUGUAAAUACACCCACACACACAUACAUUCACGCGCAUCCUCACCCGAGAUCAUCAACCGUUCAUCUAGAUAAGCGAUAGGGAAACAAAGUGAUCUUCACUCCAAAGUAAAAUCCGAUAUCAUUGAGAAAUAGACAAAACAAAACAGGAAAGCUUGAUGCAUUAUUUAUAUAGGAAACAAUGAAACAAAAAUCACAACGCAAAACACAGAUUUAAAGUGCCUUCGAACAAUCUUCAUGAAAGAAUGAAAAAUCGGAUAUAAUAAAACAUAACAGAGCAAGCAAAUGAAAGACAAGAAAAAAGUUUAGUGAGAUGAAAUGGUCGUUGGCAAAGCGAACAGUGUAAACGAGUUGCACACAAAAUAUAACUAAACUAAUCGCGAUUUUAACGGAUACGAUUAAGUCCUCUAAACCACACCUGGCUGGCAGAGUACGGGCCGAGAACUGUUGAUUCCUAACUAUUUUCGUAGGGCUUUAAGUGCGCGCGAGCGGAGAAGCAAAAUAAUGAUAAUUUUUAAUUAACAGAUGUACGGUAAAUUAUAGCAACCGCCGCGAGAAUAUAUGCCUAUUGUUGUGUGCACACACAUAGAUACACUUACACGUGAAUAGACACACACUAAAACCCACUCAAAAAAUAAUAAAACUUCGAAAAUGAA